AUGGCUGAUAAUAAUUUAUCAUCAACAAUAAAUACUUGUCAAUAUCCAUCCGAAUCAAAAAAAAUUAUUUGUGAUUAUUUCGACGAAGAAGAAGAAGAAUCUAUUCCUAUAACAGCAUAUCCUCAUAUAGAACAACAACAACCAUCAAUAUUAUAUAAUUAUCAAAAUAAUCAUCCAACAUUACAAUCAAAAGAACAAUUUAAUGAAUAUGAAUACGAUGAAGAGCCAGCAUCAACAUUUUUAGUUGAUUUUGCUUCAUCAACACAAGUACCUAUUCAACGUGUUUCAUCGGAAGAUGAAUUAAAUUUUUAUGUUAAACGUAAACGUGCAAAAUUUAUUGGUCCGUAUCUAUUUGGUGAUGUUAUUGGACAAGGUUCAUAUGCUAAAGUAAAAGAAUGUUUAGAUCGUCGUAAUUUAUGUCGACGUGCUGUUAAAAUUAUGCAACGACGUCGUUUACGUAAAACACCACAUGGAGAACAAAUGGCUGCAACAGAAAUACGUUUAUUAAAAAAAUUAAAUCAUCCAAAUAUAAUACGAUUAUAUGAUUUUAUUCGAAAUGAUGAAAAACAAAAAUUAUAUUUAUUUAUUGAUUUAUGUGUUGUUUCAUUACAAGAUAUGCUUGAUACUGAUGAACAAAAACAAGAAAUUAAAGCAUUUCCUAUAUGGCAAGCACAUGGUUAUUUUGUACAAUUAAUUAAUGGUUUAGAAUAUCUUCAUUCAAAAUUUAUUAUUCAUAAUGAUAUCAAACCAGGAAAUCUAUUGAUAACUGUUGAUCACCAAUUAAAAAUUACUGAUUUUGGAACUGCCGAACAACUUGAUUUGUUUAGUUCUGAUGAUACAACUAAACGAAGUCAAGGUACUCCUGCAUUUCAAUGUCCUGAAAUAGCUAAUGGUGAAGAUACAUAUAAUGGAUUUUCAAUUGAUAUAUGGUCAUGUGGUGUAACAUUAUAUAAUCUUGUUACUGGACGUUUACCAUUUGAAGCAGAUAAUAUUUAUUUAUUAUUUCAAACAAUUGGUAAAGGUGUUUAUACAAUACCAAAUGAAAUUGAACCACAUCUAGCUGCACUUAUUAAUGGUUUAUUACAUAUUAAUAAUCGUUCACGUUUUACCUUAGAACAAAUAAAAGAACAUGAUUGGUUUCGACGACGACCACCACGUACAUUUGAAUUUUUACCAUUUCCUAGUUUAGCAUUAAAUCGUUUUCAUUCAUUUACAAUGUAUGAUUAUUUAAAUGAAUUACAUCAACCAACAAUUAUAUCUGAGACUAAUAAUAAUGAAGAUGAACAAAUGAAAAUAUCUGAUCGUUCUAUUUCAAAUAUCAAUUCAUCAAAUGAUAAUCGACAUGAAGAACAAGAACAAGAACAAGAACAAGAACAACAAUCACAAGAACAAAAUGGAAAUUGUAAUUGUAGUCAAACAAUAAGUGCUCAAAAUAUUCAUCAAACUAAAACACGAAAUAGACGUGAACCACGAAUAUGUUCAUUAUCUUGA